AUGAGCUGUAUCGGGCUCGCUCCGCCGCCCCCAUUCUUGCCUGUACCCGGCCGCCCUCCUGUUCCCUGGCCGCAAUGGUACCGGAUGUUCGAGAACUUUCUGCUGGCAUCAGGAGCAUCCGACUUCAAGCCUGAACGUCGCAAGGCCCUGCUGAUACACAGCCUCGGCGUUGAGGGUCAACGUAUCUUCUCCAGCCUACUGCUUACGUCGGAUGCCGCCCAGAGCGGAUGUUCUGGUGUUUUGUUCUAUAUCGAUGACAUCAUUGUUUUCGGGAAGAGCGAACAGGAACACUUGGCCAACCUGACCGCUGUACUGCGGGGCAUCAAGGAAGCAGGGCUCAAGUUGAAUGACAAGUGCGUAUUUGGCGUACAGGAACUUUCCUUCUUGGGACACAGGAUCACACCGCAAGGCAUCUCUCCUUUGCCAGAGAAAAUUGUUUCCAUUAUGAAUACUCCGGCGCCCACUGAUAGUACUAGUCUGCGCUCUUUCCUCGGACUGAUCGAGUAUUAUGCCAAGUUCGUUCCCAGGCUUGCUGAUGUGGUAGAACCAAUGCGAGCUCUUCUCCGGAAGAACCAGCCAUUCAUAUGGAAUGAUGCUGUAGACGCCAGCUUCGCCCAGGUGAAGUUUCUGCUCUCUUCCAGCAAAGUCCUGCACAUGUUUGAUGCGUCCCUUCCGGUUGUAGUGUCCACUGACGCGUCCGACUGCGGACUGGGUGCUGUUCUCCAGCAGGUUGAUGGCCACAUGCUGCGAACUGUUGCCUUUGCUUCACGCACACUUUCACCUGCAGAGAAGAAAUACGGAGUUGGAGAGCGUGAAGCGCUGGCGUGUGUUUGGGCCUUUCCGUCUCCGCAGGAAAAUGUCUCAUUUGAUGAGGUUGUGUCCUUUGUUGAGUUACCGUGCCUCACUAAAGAGCAGUUUCAACAGGCCCUUCGUGAUGACUGCAUGUUAGAACAAGUUAAGAUCUAUGUCGCCACAUCUUGGCCUGCACAUAAGACGCUCUCAGGCGAACUUCAGCCUUUCUUCUUGGUACGUGAAGAAUUGUCCGUCGUUGACAAUCUGCUCCUGCGCGGCGAACGCAUCGUCGUUCCCUUGGUUCUCACACCGCAGGUAAUCGCUGCUGCCCAUGAAGCUCAUCCUGGUAUUGUUCGAACAAAAGCUCGGCUACGAGAACGGUACUGGUGGCCAGGCAUGGACAGGCAAGUGGAGCUUUCCAUCCAGAACUGCAGCAUAUGUCAGAUGGCUGACAAAAGUACGAAGACUGCUGCCACCCCUUUGCAGCCAGUACCCCUGCCAGAGCGUCCAUGGCAGAAGCUUGCUGUUGACAUCGUCGGCCCUAUAGAGAGAGCCCCACAUGACUGCAGAUAUGCCAUUACGCUCAUCGACUAUUUUUCCAAGUGGCCAGAUGUUCAAUUCUGCAGUGAAGUAUCCUCCCGCACAGUCAUCAACUUUUUGCUUCACGUGUUCGCCCGUGAAGGCUAUCCGGACGUGGUGGUCUGCGACAACGGGCCCCAGUUCUCAUCUAGGGAGUUCAUUGAGUUCCUCAAAGAUCGCGCCAUCCGCCUUGUGCACUCUUCCGUUUACUACCCCCAAGCGAACGGACUAGUCGAGCGGUUUAACCGGGUCUUCAAGAAUUUUGUGCAGGUCGCUAUGCUGGAACAGCGUCCGCUUCGCCAAGCGGUUACAGAGUAUUUGGGCAUAUAUCGCUGCACGCCACAUGCCACUACGGGAGUUCCACCGUCUGUUCUCCUACACGGACGGCGACCGAGAACACGCCUUGACGUUGUGGGUCACCCGUCACCAGCUUUCUUCAGCGAUCCUGUUUCCGAACUUCAUCGUCUGCGCCAACGAGUUAAGAGCAAGCAAGACUACAGCAAAGAGUACACAGACCAUCGCAGGGCCGCGAAGAAGACAACAGUGUCUGUUGGUGAUUACGUUAGAAUAAGAAAACCUGGAAUAUCGGUUAAGGGAGACCUCGCGUUUAGCCACCCGAGAAAGGUAAUCAGUCAACAAAGUCCAUCAACGUUUCGGCUUGAUGAUGGACGAACCUGGAACGCGUCGAAGCUAUCCAGGGUACCUGCAGCUUCAGCCACAUGGAAUCAGCCGCAUAAUGCUGUUUCCGAACCCGUGACUCCGUCGUCGGCAUCUCGGCAAUCCAACGAUUACGCCUCAACAGCUCGUCCCGAAGCCUCACCAGCUACACCCACGCUACGAGCUCCAGCGUCAGCUAUGCCGGAUGACCGUGUGCUUCAACGUCGGGUCCAACCACCGAGGAACAGAAGGCCUCCAGAUCGAUACCGGGACCACAUGUAG